UCCACGCUUGCGUGGCCCCUCGAACGUCCACGGAAAACGUUGACAGGUUACCAUGGCGGACCCCAUUACCGUCAUUGGUACUGCGGGCGCCAUCGCGAACAUUAUCGAUGUUGCGACGACGACGAUCAAUGCCCUCCGCGAUUUGCAUGACCGAUGGAAAGACGCCGGCUUCACGCUACUCAAUCUGAUAGCUCAGAUAACAGCACUCAAAGCUGCUCUAUCGAAAAUUCAACAAUGGCUGGACUCGGAGAACGAACGACUGCAGCAUUUUCAGCUCACGAUGGACCUGGACGCAUCCAUCACUUGCUGCGGGAUGCUUAUCACGAGAAUGGACAGCGCAAUCCAGGAACUCAAUAGGGGCGCAGCUGGGGCGCUUGACCUGAGUAGCAAGAUCAAGCUCGUUCUAGGGGAAAGAAAGAACGAAGAAUUUCAAAAGCUGAUCGAUCGGCAAAUCAGCGUGCUCUCGUACAGGCGGCGGCGUACAUCCAGAAACAAGCAUCGAGAUGUUCGGUGCGGCAGUACCUAGAGGAGUACCGCAAGAGCGACAGGAGAAAGACAAGUCCGCCAAACCAAGAGGCGGGACAUCUUCGCAGAGACGAGGAAGCCAUGAACUCUAUCCUCAUAACGUGGCAGAAGCACAAGACGAUCGGCGGCGGAUCUACCAUCGCUCGUAAACUUUUUCAACCAAUAGGGAUUCAUGAAGCUCUACUCCGCGGUCGGAAUAGCACAGCGAACAGGCGCGAUGGUAAAAAUGAAGAUAAGAGACGGAGAAUAGACUAACGAGGAAGAUAACGUUUCAGGGGUUAGCGUCGACGAGUUUUAG